AUUUCGGAUAUAAAUUUUCGGAUACUUUUUCCCCAUUUAUAUCCAGACCGAUUGAUGUUGCGGGAAAAUGUGAUCCCUGCUUGUAAAAUAUAUGUUUUGUUGUUUUUGUAAAUGUUUCUGUAACAAAUAUUUUACAUCUUUGUAUCAAAUUGUUUGUUUUGUUAAAUUUGAUUAUAUUGUACCAAAAAUUGAUAACCUUACUGUUGAUUCCAAGUAUAAGGACCAAAAAUUGGCUGAUAUAGCAACUGUUGAAGUUAUAUAAAUAAAGAAUAAAUGGUUGGUGCCGAGAUGUAGAAAGUUUAUGCGGUGAGGCUUAGAAAAAGAAAAAAGGGCAAGCUUUAGCGAGCCCUAUUUUUCUUGUUCAGGCCGAACCAGAUAAACUGUCCACCUUUUCUGAAUAGUUUAGUUCAUUUGCCUCUCAGGUGAGCAUCUUAGGUCCCAAGGCCCUCUUCUUUGUAAUUUUCACAUAGCUAAUUAUCUUUAUUGCAAACCAAUUAUACUUGAUUUUUACAGAGAAUAUUCAAACACAAUCUAUAAACCUAAUAUUUUCCUUUUAAAAAGUUCACAGAUGUAUGAUUCUUGUUUAUACCCAUGUUAUCAAGUUACCCUGGGUGCUUUAUUGAUUGAACACAUUCAUUGACUUGUGAUACUUCCUCUGUGUAUGCACACAUAAACUAGUUGUUAAAGCUCUGUAGGCUAAUAUGGUUUAAUGUUACGCUACAUGUCAAAUGACUGGUUACAGGAGUUACUUUGUUUACUUGAGAUUUAACAGGGCAAAACAAACUUAAAAUUUAUGAUUUUUUAACUCUAUUUAGCUGGCGAUUACGUGUUGAUAGGCAUUGGACAUUAUCUAGAUUGGUGUGUUUUGUUUAGUUUAGUAAUCAAUGAGCUGUAGGAUACCUUAUUAUUUGAGUUAAAUCAAAGAUCUUGAGAUACAAAGCUUCAGUGGUCUACAAAAUGGCGACCUUUUCGAAAUCCACCAUUGAAAAAGGAUCUGACAUUGUCCAAGACUUCUUGUGUUCGACCUGCGAAGAGGAGAAAUUGGUAGAAUGGGCUGAUUAUUAUUGCGAAUCUUGCGUGAAGUUUUACUGCCGCAAAUGUAUUCAAUUGCACAGCCAGUUGUUUAAGAAACAUUCCCCUCAUGGAAGGAGUGAUAUGAAGAAAUGGCCAGUCGUCAAGAAGGUGGAAAAUUUCCUUUUAAAAUGUGAUUUUCACAAAGAAGAAAACCUUGCAAAUUUUUGCGAAGACCAUAGCAAGCUUUGCUGCAAUACUUGUGCUUUCCAUGAUCACAGGCAAUGCAAAAUGGUGAUGCUUUUAUCUGACUUGGUUAAAAAUACCUCCACUGACCUCAAACAAGUAUCAGUUACUAUCCAAACUACUCUGGCAGAACUGAAGAAGCUUCAAGACAAUCAGGAGGCUAGCAUUCAGUCUGUGCAAAGCUCAUAUGAUGAGCAGUUACGCAAGAUACAGGAAACUCGGCAAAAAAUACUCGCAGCCUUAGACAUGCUUGAAAAGAAAACUCUGCAGGAAAUGAAAGACACACUGACCAAACUGCAAGCCUCUCUAAAAAGUGAUGUUGACAAAUGUUCGACUCUUGGAAAUGAAUUAAAACAACUUAGAGACGCUAUUCAGGACAUAAGCGAUAAAAGCAAGCAAGAACUAUCUUUUAUAGCCAGCAUUAAAUGCAAGGACAAAAUACAGCAGUUUGAAAACUAUCAGAAGAAGAACUUUGCUGAACAAAAAUUGUCUAUAACUUUCCAUCCUAAUAGUGAAAUAAUGCAGUACCUUUCCCAGCUGUCAGGUCUUGGGAUUAUUGAAAACAGUACCCAGACAUUAACAGUGCGUGGUAAUCCAGACCAAAUCAUAAGGAUUGAUGGGAAGUCUGAGUAUGAUGUACGCGUACAGGGUGAUGAAACUUGCUAUAUCCAUGACAUAUUUGUUCUCCCAAGUGGACAAGUCCUUGUUGUAGACUCGAAUAAUAAGAAAGUCAAGCUGUUGAACAAGCAGUACCAGGUUGUGAGUCACUGUAGUGUAUCUGAUAUGCCACAGUACAUAUGUCAGAUCACACCAAGUGAGGUUGGUGUUACUGUUGGUAAAGAGGUCCAGUUUAUCAAAGUCAACAACAACCAGCUGGUGAAAGACAGAAAGCUCAAGUUUCGACAUGACUGUUAUGGUAUUGCCUCCCACCGGGGAGACCUGUUUGUAACCUCUGGUACUGAACUAUACAACUACUCGCUGGAUGGUAAACUAGUCAGCAAACUUCACGAGAAUAAGUCAGAUGAAUUGACAGUCUACAGUUGUGCAGUGAGCCAGACAGGUGACAAGUUGUAUAUCGGGAACUACAAUCAGAAAAAGCUCCUCACUCUGGCCAGGGAUGGAUCAGUCCUUUCCAGCUUCACAGACCCUGAAUUGGUACGUCCAUCUUGUGUUCAUGUGACACCUGCAGGCCAGGUGCUGGUAUGUGGAUACAUAUCCAAUACUAUCCUACAGAUUGACAGUAAGGGCAGUAGGAAGCUGGCCACUCUGGCUACAGAGACAGAUGGGAUUGAUUGCCCAUGGUCAGUCUGCUACAACAGCAGCACUGACUCCAUUAUUGUGGGACAGUUUAAAAACAUCCUGGUGUACAAAGUGAAAUAGCUUAUCAUUCUUGUUUCUGAUGUGUAAUGAUAAGUGAUAUAAAUUACUAUAAAGUGAUAUAAAUUACUAUAGCCGUUAGUCAUUAAGUGCUAUGUUACACACAUAUAUAUAUAUUUGAUGUGUUGUAAUAAGUCGAAAUAAAUGACAAUAGCUGUUUGUGUAAUAGUGUUAUGUUACAAUUGAAGAAUGAAUUUGAAGCAUACAUACUUAUUUUUUUCUUUAAAUAAUGUUAUUACGCAUGCUAUGUUAAGAAUGUGAUAUAUUAGAUUUGUAACAAUGUGUUGAUUGGUUCAUUUUUUGCUCUUUAAGUGGCUCUGAUAUAUUUCAGUCAAGGGAAUACUUAUGGAUCAAUAAUACUAGCUGAUAUUUUGUCAUUAAUAGAUAGUUUUCACAUUAUAACAACUUUGAAAUGCGUUGUUAUUGUUUUACAGCUUGUAUGAUUGUUUUCCAUCAUUUUGUGCUUUGCUUUGCUAAUCAUAAUUGUGUACCAAACCCCGAGUUGGUAGUGAAAAACAAGUUACUCUCUGUUUGUUUUGUAUGCUAUCAGGCGAGGCUUAGAAUACAAUAAUGAUGAAGCUUGCCAAACCUUAAGUUUAUUCUCACCAAGCCUGAUAUAUUUCAAUACGAUCAGGCAGUUAUCUGUUUUUCUGUUCAUCAUAACUUCGUCUCCAUUUUGAAAGAAAUAAUGACAUUAUCGCUGAAAUGCUGCAUUUUAAGCGGGAAUGAAUAUGAUUUUUGACAUUUGACCAGUUAAUAAUGACCUCAUGAGCACUUGCGCUUAAUACUUGUAAAAUAUGUGUUUACUUGUUUUUGUAAAUUACUCUGUCAAAAAUGUAUGACAUCUUUUUAUCAAAUUGUUGGUUUUGUUGAAUCUGAUUAUAUUGUACCAAAAAUUGAUAAUCUAACUGUUGGUUCCAAGUAAUUUUACAAAAAAUUGGCUGAUAUAACAAUUUCCUUUUGAAGUUAUAUAAAUAGAGAAUAACAGGUUACUGUAUGAUCUUUUUGUAAUAUACCAAUCAAGGCUUAGAAUAAUAUUACAGCGAGGCUUGCCGAGCCGUUAUUUUAUUCGUGCCGAGCCUGAUAUAUUACAAAAAGAUCAGGCAGUAACCUGUUUUUCUGUUUAUCACACCUCUAUGUCCCCGGUGUAAAAAAAAUAUGAAAAAAUCGCUAAAAAGCUGCAGCUUUAGCGGGAAAUAAUAUGACUUUCGUCGUUUGACGUGCUAAUAAUGACGUCAUGAGCACGCGCUUAAUAUUUGUAAAAAAUGUUUUUAGCUCAACUGAGCACACCGUGCUCAUGGUGAGCUAUUGUGAUCGCCUUUUGUCCGUCGUGCGUCGUCAACAUUUACCUUGUUAACACUCUAGUGGCCACAUUUAUUAUUAUCAUCAAACUUACUCAGAACAUGUGUCCCAAUAAUAUCUUGGACAAGUUCGAAAAUGGUUCCGGUUGAUUGAAAAACAUGGCCGCCAGGGGGCGUGGCUGUUUGCUAUAGUAAAACUUUGUUAACACUCUAGAAGUCACAUUUAUUGUCCGAUCUUCAUGAAACUUUGUCAGAACAUGUGUCCCAAUAAUAUCUUGGACGAGUUCGAAAAUGGUUCCGGUUGGUUGAAAAACAUGGCUGCCAGGGGGCGUGGCAGUUUUCCUACUAUGGCUAUAGUAAAACAUUGUUAACACUCUAGAAGUCACAUUUUUAGUCCAAUCUUCAUGAAACUUUGUCAGAACAUGUGUGCCAAUAAUAUCUUGGACUAGUUCGAAAAUGGUUCCAGUUGAAUGAAAAACAUGGUUGACAGGGGGCGUGGCAGUUUUCCUUAUAUGGCUAUAGUAAAACCUUGUUAACACUCUAGAAGUCACAUUUUUAGUCCAAUCUUCAUGAAACUUGGUCAAAACAUGUGUCCCAAUAAUAUCUUGGACGAGUUCGAAAAUGGUUCCAGUUGAAUGAAAAACAUGGCCGCCAUGGGGCGGGGCAGUUUUCCUUAUAUGACUUUACUGUAUGGUAAAACCUUGUUAACACUCUAGAAGUCACAUUUGUGGUCCAAUGCUCAUGAAACGUGGUCAGAAUAUUUGAAGUAAUAAUAUCUGGGCUAAGUUCAAAAGUGGUUGAGAUCAAUUUAAAAAAACAUGCCAUGGUUGCAAGGGGGCUUGCAUUUUUCCUUAAAUGGCUAUUUAUUACAAAACCUUGUUAGCACUCUAGAAGUCACAUUUAUUAUCCAAUCUUUAUGAAACUUGAUCUGAACUUUUGUUCUAACAAUAGCUUGAGUGAGUUUGAAAAUGGUUAUGGUUUGUUGAAAAACAUGGCCACCAGGGGGGGGGGCCGUUGUCCUUAUAUGGCUUUGGUGAAAACUUGUUCACACUAUAUUAGCCACAUUUAUUGGUUAAUCUUCGUGAACCUUGGUCAGAACAUUUGUCACAAUGAAAGUUUGCCAGAGAUUGAAGCUGGGUCAUAUGAGCUCAAAAACUAGGUCAAAAGGUCAAAUAUAAAAAAAAACAUGUUAAAAGUCACUUUUUUGGUCCAAAAUAAUCUUCAUGAAUCAGCUUGCAUUUUUUUCAGAAUAGUCUAGUUCCUUUGGCUUUCAGGUGAGCGCCUUAGGGCCUGAUGGCCCUCUUGUUUUAUGUUUUUGUUGCAUUUUGUGUUUAAAAUAUAUAACAUCUUGGUUUCAAAUUGUUUGUCUUGUUGAAUCUGAUUCUAUUUUAAUAAAAAUGAGUACUUUA